GUGUAGCUAAUAAUUAGAGCAAUGACUAAGAUGGUCCUUAUUGUUUGCAUGUUUGUGGUGUUUAAUAUUAUUGCAAAUAUUCCAUCCACUGUCACAGGUGCUCGUUUAUUAGACACUAACAAAAAAGCCAUUAAUGUGUCCACUAUUGAGAAGGUCAAGAGUUAUAUGUUAGAAAAUGGACUUGGUCGUACACCCCCUAUGGGAUGGAAUAGCUGGAACCAUUUUGGUUGUGAUAUCAAUGAAAGUUUAAUCCGAGAUACAGCUGAUGCAAUGGUGUCAACUGGCCUUGCUUCCUUAGGGUACAAAUAUAUUAAUUUAGAUGAUUGUUGGGCAGAACUUAAUCGAGAUUCUCAGGGAAAUAUGGUUCCCAAGGCUUCAACAUUUCCUUCAGGAAUCAAGGCUCUAGCUCAUUAUAUUCACAGAAAAGGUUUGAAGCUUGGAGUCUACUCAGAUGCCGGAAAUCUAACUUGUAGUAAACGUAUGCCUGGAUCAUUGGGACAUGAAAUACAAGAUGCUAAAACAUUUGCUUCUUGGGGAGUUGACUAUUUGAAGUAUGACAACUGUGAAAACAAUGGUAUCAGUGUUAGAGAAAGGUACCCACCAAUGAGUGAAGCCUUAUUAAACUCCGGAAGACCAAUCUUCUUUUCUAUGUGUGAAUGGGGAUGGGAAGACCCAGCAAUAUGGGCUAAAAGUGUAGGAAAUAGUUGGAGAACUACAGGAGAUAUUGAAGAUAAUUGGAAUAGCAUGACUACUAUAAUAGAUGCAAAUGACAAAUGGGCAUCUUAUGCUGGACCUGGAGGAUGGAAUGAUCCUGACAUGCUCGAAGUUGGGAAUGGAGGCAUGACCACAGAGGAAUAUCGUGCGCAUUUUAGCAUUUGGGCAUUAGCUAAGGCUCCUUUAUUAGUUGGUUGUGAUAUUCAAGCAUUGGAUAAUACCACAUAUGAAUUGAUAAGCAAUGCUGAAGUUAUUGCAGUAAACCAAGAUAAACUUGGAGUUCAAGGAAAGAAGGUGAAAAGCAACAAUGAUUUGGAGGUGUGGGCAGGUCCUCUCAGUAAUAACAAAGUGGCAGUGAUUUUAUGGAAUAGAAGUUCAUCACAUGCAACAGUGAUAGCAUCAUGGUCUGACAUAGGCCUGAAACCAGGGACAAUAGUUGAUGCAAGAGAUUUAUGGGAGCACUCAACGCAACAAUUGGUUUCGGGAGAAAUCUCUGCUGAGUUAGAUUCGCAUGCUUGUAAGAUGUAUGUUCUCACACCCAAAAGAAAAUAAUCUCUAAUGCCUUUGAAGAAGAUAAACAAUAGUAGUCAGUUUUUAACACGUACCGUAUUAGUAAACCAUUCAGCUAUCAUUGAUCCUAAAAGGGAGCAACAAAUAAAGGAAUAGGAAAUUAUUUUUCAUCUUGAAAUGUAAGAAGAAUAAAUGUACUAGUUAUAUUGUCAUUGAGCUUAUAAA